AUGCCGGUCGCAAUAAUCACUUGCGUCGUCCAUUGCACUUCGGCGGGUGUAAAAGCCGGUAGUGUCAAAGGCUGCAGUUCAAAAUCAAACAUGAUUUUGAUCAAUGCACUCGUGCUUUGCGCUUCGGCGAUCUUCAUUGAAAAUGUGGUGGGUGAAGUGCCAAAUUUUCGUAUCUUGGCGCCUGCCUUCGUCUGCCCCAAAGAUAAGGAUGCUGUAAUAGACAAACCGGACACUACAAUUAUAACGUUGCAAACAGACAGCGAUAUUCCAGUGGAGUACCUAUGGACUGUUCGCUGGGAGACGCUGGAUGCACCAUCCCAGCAGUUCACUCUGGCUCUAUGGCGCAACGUACGAGAACUGGAAAGCCAACUGAAUGAUCUUCCGAUGGAACCAAACGUCUUCGUUAUCAAAAACACUGAACUUCUCAGUGGUGUCACCUACAUCUUCAACGUGACAGCCACGACCUACCGCGAUAAAGUAGGUACGCAGAAAGAGUUCCGAAUUAAUAACAUCAAAGGAGACUCAAAGCUCCUCAUGGAAGGUCGAUCAGAGAUGUUCUCCGUCACCCUGCUUGGGGGACAGCUAGCCUAUGCUGAUAUAGAUUUUAUACUGGAAGCACAAGUCACUACAUGCUACAAGACUCACGACUAUUAUUUUGUUUGGACGGUAAAUAGCUCCGAGGGUAGUGUGGCCGUGUCUGACGUAAAAGGUUCCCGGUUGGUCAUCCGAGCCAACACCCUAACUCCUGGAGCAUCCUAUGAUGUGGUCUGCCAAGUAUACAAGUCUUCUACUGGAGUUUUUAUUACACAGAGCAGUCUCCCAUUCCGUGUGCUACAUAGGAAUGUCACUAUAAACUUUAAUGUAGACCUCAUGUCCAUAUCAGCUGAGCGUCCUUUGAAACUAUCUACUGACAUCAACAAACUGGACUAUAUAGGAGAGGGUAUGACAAUUGCUUGGGAAUGCACGACCGGUGGUGAACCGGUGGAAACAUUCUACCAGACUGAUGACGACGGCCAUUUAUAUUUCCCAUCGGGAUUGCUUUAUGCUGGAGAGUACUUGAUGAAGGUGACGGUGGAUGUGCGAAGACAUUCAAUUUCAGAGAAAGCUAUUACUCGGGUUAUUGCUGUGGAUCCCCUAUUACCAGUCAUUCAGUUACAACAUAUGCCGAGAGUUGUGAACGAAGGUACUGUGGUUACUAUACAUGCCAACGUCAGUCAUGUGGUACCAGGUUGUACCAUUACGUGGUACUUCAGGAGUAAGCAUUGCUUAGAGUCAGAGUUCUCCACUGCAACUGAUAUCUGUGCUGAUAACCCGCAUGGCACUGAGAUUUCUACACCAAUAAACUUUUAUUCCCUUGAACAAAACUUUCUGAGCGAACUGAUGGAUUACACCAAUGAGACUAGCUGGAAGUCGGUGUCAGUGAACUUCGAAGCCGCGGCUGGCAGAGUCAGGGUCGUAGCUGAGUGUAAUUGUAAGAAGGAUGAGAACUGCACUAGUGAAGGAGAAGUAUACGCCGGUGUAAUAUUUGAGCUUAAUGAAAGACCCGAUACAGGCUAUGUCCUGGUGACGCCAGAAAUGGGGACAGCAAUGGAGACGGUAUUCCGUCUGAGUACACAUCGCGUGGUAGAUGUCAACAAGCCGUUGAAGUACACCUUCUACUGCGACCUGAACAACAAUGACACCUUGUUACUUGGCACAUAUCUCGAGCACAAUGCGGUGGAGACUCUCUUACCUUAUAUUGAGGGUGGAAUAAAUGUUUGGGUGGAGGUUUGUGACUCUCUGGGCGCUUGCACUCCUGGAUCUACCACGUUGGUGCCAGUGGCUCCAGGCGAGGCUCGCACGGUCGACGCACUGGUCGAAGAUGUUCGUGCGCAUGUUCGACGCUGUGAGCUCACGCUGCUACGUCGACUAGCAGCAACUGCUGUUGUCAGUUACACUAACGCAGUCCAGACGGAAGCAUUUUCGAAGUUUGCUACUUCGCUACUGAACGCGUUGGGUGGUAUCGAGGAACGUUGUAUCGAACGCAAUUACGACUUGUACAAUGACUUCAUGUACUGGCUACAGAAAGCCGGCGUAGAUACCACUAAGUUAGUGUAA